AUGGACGGUGAUCCGGCUGUCGAGCCCGAGGUUGACUCUUUCAGUCUAUUUCUUCCGCUCCCUUAUCGAGUUGCAAUCAUUGCUGUUCUGGGAAUUUGGGCAUGGGGCCUGAACCUUCACUAUCUUCACCUUGUCAGGAUUGAUGUACCCGCUCUCAUACGAUACCCUGCCCGCUCAGGUCAACAGUCGUUGAGCCAUCAUCACUCGACAUAUAAACUAGCAACGCUGUUGACUCUUCCUCUAGCCGGAUCGAUUCUGCUGUUCUGGUUUAUAACGCGAGGUGACAGGCACACUGCGCUAUCAUGGCAGAUCCUCCCACAGUCGUACCUCUUAUUCCUUGUGUUGUGCUUCCUCCUUCCAGUUAAGCGCAUGUCACGGUCCGGUCGUGUACACUUUCUCUCGACGCUGAAGAGGAUAAGCGUGGGUGGUUUGGCGGAAGUCCAAGAUGGGAAGUUCGGUGAUAUACUCCUGGCGGAUGUUCUCACGAGUUAUGCGAAGGUGCUGGGAGAUCUUUUUGUCUCUACCUGCAUGCUCCUCUCUCGAAGAACAGCGAGCACGGCCAAGCCUGACCGGGGAUGUGGAGGAGCAUAUCUUGUCCCGCUGAUCAUCAGUUUUCCCAGCAUGAUACGUCUCCGACAGUGCCUAAUCGACUAUUCUCGGGUUCGUCGGAACCGCACGUCUACUUCUGGAUGGGGGGGACAACAUUUGGCCAAUGCACUCAAAUAUGCUACGGCCUUUCCAGUCAUUUUCUUGAGUGCUUUACAACGAGGUUACGAUCCGACGACAUUUCACAUGACUGAAGCCGGGCUGUUUAGACUAUGGUUGCUUUUUGUUUUUGUCAACUCGUUCUAUUCGUUCUAUUGGGAUGUUACCAAGGACUGGGAUCUGUCAUUGUUCUUGUCGAGCCGGGAGAGGAAUGACCCCGAGCAUCCCUACGGUCUACGAAGACACCGACACUUUCACGCCAGGGAACUGUAUUAUACCGCCAUUGUGAUAGAUCUUCUUCUGCGUUGUACGUGGAGCUUCAAGCUCUCUCCGCAUUUAGACCACUUCAAUGAUCUCGAGGGUGGCAUCUUUCUUAUGGAAAUCCUGGAAGUACUGCGCCGUUGGAUGUGGAUAUUCCUCCGGGUUGAGACAGAAUGGGUCCGCAAUAAUCGCGGUCCCCCUUCAGAUGAUAUACUAUUGGGAGACUACGGUGGAAAGAUAGACGAGGAUUAG